GACAUUUCUGCCUAGGAUGAUCUCACUGAAGAGUUCUUUUGGGACCAGUCAGAUUGGAUGGAGCUCCAGUCCUGUUCGAGAUGUGUCAAGGUCGAAAUCGCCACCAUCCUUGCAGGCCAGUCCCAAUGCCAGCCCUGCCGGCCCUGCCGGCCCUGCCGGCCGUCGGCCGCUGAUGCUGGAGCUCCGUUGUCAAGAGCUGCAGUCGCGUUUGGAACGAGCUCUAGUGCAAGCCGAGGCAUCCAGGCAGCGCACCUUGGAGUUGGAACUACAACUCCAGUGUGAGCGUGGCGAUUCUCGGGCGCAGGAGGCGCCGGCAGGGACUUCUCCUCCAGUCGCCCAACCAAGGCCAACAGAGUUGGAAUUGCACCGAAAAACGGCCCAAAUGGAAGUUGAGAUGAACGCAGCUCGAGCACAGGCGCAUGCGGCGAAGAUGGCCGAGGAGUCUGCGUUGGAGGCGCUCUCCGACAGCGAAAGACGUUGCAGAGAUGGUUUGAGGCGCAUGGAUGCCAUGCUGGCGGAUACCAAAGAGCUGACCCGAGAACUUGCAAAGCACAAGUACUUGGCUCAGGGAAUGGACAGCGUGGUGCGAAGACAUGAAGCACGAAUGUUGAGGAGCCCCGAGUCUCGCCGUGGUUCCACGUCCACCCCGGCGUCCCGGCGAACAGACUUUGGCAGGUUCACCUCACCCCGGAUGAUUCGGGAGCCGCUUGCGAGGAUUCCAACGAUUCCAAGGGUCCCAGGUUUGGACUCGGGGAGCGGUCUGGCGACAUCCUUUCUCUCAGAUCCAGGAACAUCCCGCUUCGGUCGAUCUCCAUCUCCACUCCGGCGAGUGGAAAUUGAACCGGUUCGACAGAGCCCUGCAAGUCAAUGGAGGUCUUGAUGUGAAAGAUGUGAGGCUGGGAGCCCUGAAGAGGCUUCCAACUCGUGAGUUGCGAGUUGAGCAACGCCAUGAGCCGUGUUGAUCCUGUGGUUUGCUGAGUUUUUUCUUCGCUAAUCCAUGCUAAUCCUAACGGCUAAGCGUGGUUAGUGUAAUUAUAGUGUCAUCAGUGUGGUUAGUGUGGG